GUCAAUCUGUUUUAUCAAAAAUAUUUGUUAUUCUGAAAUUUGGAAGCGGCCCCGUAAUAGUAGUUAUAACAUAUUGAAAUUGAAAUGAUUGUUUUUUAGAAUGUUUCAAAGCUCUCGAUUCGUGAUGUAUGCGCGCCUGUUCGCUAUAAAAUUUCACCGAUUUUUCCCGGUUUCCGUUCGUAAUUUCAACGUCAGGAGUACCACCAAGCUUGGAUUUCCUUGUUCAUACACGGAAGAAGAAACUCGAAAAAUUCUGAACACUUUAAAUGAACAGAAUGUUGAACACCUGUACAAGUAUGACAUAUCAAAAAGUCGUCUUAAAAGAAUCGAAGUAUGGCGUCGAAAAUUUGGAAUGUUUAUUUCACUGGAUCAGGUUUUGCAGCUUGAUGGCUUCGGAGUUACAGUUCUGCGAAAAUUUUAUGAUUCAAUUGUUGAAAGCCCAAAAGACGUCAAUGCGGUAUCUUCAAGGGUUAUAAAAAAAGAUGCGAAAUGCACUAUCCCUGUGUUUUCGGCGAAUCUAAUUCCAAAAGUUCAAAACUGCGUUUCUUUAUAUAUUGGUUUGGAUUUCGUAACCUGGGCUAAAUUCCAAAUCACCGAAGAUCAACCAACUACGUUAAUCGGUUGGAAUAGUUUUGACAUUUCUGAUCGAAAACUGCAUAUUACUGACCUAAUUCGAACUGUUAAUCAAAUGAAUCAACUGAUUCCGGAGGCGGAUGUUUAUGUGGUGGAAAAUCCUGCAAUAGCUCAAACGCUGACCACAGGAAGUGCUCUAAAAACCAAUAUUAAUGUACAGAAAUCACAACUUAAUGCGAUGAUUAUGUUAAUGCUGUGUAAUCGUCCAAGAGAUAAUAUCGAGUUAACCGAGAAUAAUAUUUAUUUCCUAAAACAGUUUAUUUCUGCUCGUCUCUUUGGAAUUUAUGUUGGUAAUGAGCGGGUCUCCUCUGAAAAUGUUAUUCGUUCCUUAAUGGAACGUCAAGUUGGAUUGAAUGAAGAAGAUUCAAUGGAAAAUCGGUCAAAAUUGAUUAUACCUUCUGGUCUAAAGAUUUUGUAUGAAGAAAAUUCUGAUGUUAAGAGAGAAUUUCUUGGUCAAUCAUUGUUGGUCGGAUUAUCAUUUUUGAGAUUAUGCGUUUUUGAGUGCGAAAACAGUUUGAGCGUUUUACGAAGAUGAUAAAAUGUUAAAAAUCA